CAUCAUUCUCAUUACAACACAACACAACACACAGAAGAGAGAGAGAGAGAGAUAGAACAAGAAAGACAAAAACAAGGAGAGCGGUUACAAUUUCUCUUGUUUGUCACAAGAACAAUGGAUAUCUGUAUGGACAAGGAGCCAGAUGGUGUGGUGGUCUAUGCGAAUGGUGAUUCGUGUAAUCCGAACCAAGAAAAUGUUUCUGAGCCACUCUUAGAUUCAGUAUCGCGCGAUGAUGCGAAUGUACAUACAGAGCUUCGGUAUGCAGAAGAGAACAUCGAAGUGAACGAGUAUGAUGUUAAAGAGUGUACUAGUGAGGUUCCUGUUGGUAAGCCGACAGGAGAUGAUUUUGAGUCCAAGGAUGUCACUAAGUCAAGUUUACCUGCAAAGCAUGGUUCAAAAUCAGGUAGAGGGAAUAACAAAACAAGGAACACCGUUCCACAACCGUUUUGUUUAGCGACUGAGAAGCGUGCUUCGUCUACACGUUCGUUUACGAGUGAAUCUCUCGAAUCAGCUGGGUUGAAAAAGUUUCCGGAUGGGCAUAGUAAAUCACAAAACCAGAACACAAAGGUGACUAGGAAACCAUUGCAGCCAAAAAACAAGAAACUUUCUGAUGAGGAAGAUUCUUGCUCUGUUGCUUCUUAUUCCACGUCGGGUGCAAAGUCUGCUAAAUCAAGAAAUGUUGCCACCGUAGCUCCUUCAUUUCGAUCCACUGAGCGUGCCGAGAAGCGGAAGGAGUUCUAUACAAAACUGGAGGAGAAACACCAAGCAAUGGAAGCCGAGAAAUCGCAAAGUGAAGCAAGAAAUAAGGAAGAAAGCGAAGCAGCCUUGAGGAAAUUAAGAAAAAGUUUGAGGUUCAAAGCAAACCCAAUGCCAAACUUUUAUCACGAAGGGCCUCCUCCAAAGGUUGAACUUAAGAAGGUAACACACAAGGCUCCUCCAACUAGAGCAAAGUCGCCAAAACUAGGACGGAGGAACAUAAAAGAAGGGAACAAAGCAAAAGGAGCAUCGAGGCGGCAUGAAACUCGAAAGCCUCUAGUGAUCUCUAAAGAAGGCCAUGCUGAUGAAACUACACAUUUGGAACCGGAGACCGCUUUUGUGUGCUAAAAAAGAGUCUUUUUGGUCACAACGAACUGAGAUUUUAUGUUUCCGUUGUGAGAACGUGUGGGAUGGUUUGUGUGUUUUUAACUUAUGAUUUGAAGUGUAAAUGUGUGUAAUUUAAAUGUUGUUUAUGUCGUGUUUAUGAAUGUGUACACAUAGAAAUAAGAAUCUUACUGUUGUGCCUUUUACUU